CCGAGCGGUUUCAGAAAACGCCGAAACUGAUCCAGAGUAACUGUGUGCUGGUCUACAAUGUCCUGACGCUUGCCUGUCGCCUUUAGCCACACCCUCGUUUGUAUCAAACGGGCUUUUAUGGAUUUUGACAGACGUAUUCAAUAACUACUAAAGGAAGAGAGCUGCCCUAGCAACUCAGUGGAGGGACCAACCGUAGGAUAGAUGGGCAGGACUCUAGUUUCACUGCUGGAGAAGGCUGGAGUGAAAGAAACCGAGAAAACGCGUGAGGACAGGGCAAACGAACAGCGUGGUUCUCGGAAAAUAGAGGUCUGAGAAGGGACUGUCAGGUAUUUUGGAUGUCAUUUACAGGAAAACGUGACAGGGUUAAGUUUGCAAACGUAACUUUCCAACGAAAGUAUACGUGGAGCGUGGGGCUGUCCGACAGUGAGGGAGAUAUUAUUGUUGACCAUUUGUGUCCAUUUGCAACGGAAUGCUCUUAUUGACUAUAUGACAUAACUCAAACUGGACAUGUUAGUUUUAGUAUUGAUAAUUUGAAGGGUGAACUAUUACGUUUUUAUUUGCGUACAUACUAAUUGGAAACAUUUAGCGUUAUUUCUAAAUGGCGUGCUAGAUGUGAACAUAGGGGUUCCUUUAUGAAGAGCAGCGUUGUGAGAGAUCAGAACUGCGCAGACUUGUUUACUCCUUGAUUUAUACAGGUGGGAGUGCUUCGUCGAAAAUAAAUGUUUCGAGAGUCAUAUUAUGCCGGAUGAAUCCGUUCAGAAGAACAGAACAGAACCUCUUAAUGAUAUCAUUAGGCAGUGGUUUGGAUAGAAUGUUUCUGGAACGGCGACUUUGCGCAUGUUAAAACUUGUUCAGUGACACCUAGCCUCCCUCAGCAAGUCCCAAGGCAAAGUUAAACGCGCAGGAAAGUGAACCAACGAGUUGCGGGUGUUCCACUAUGGGACACAGGAGUGAUACGCCGUGAGGAUGACCCACAGAAGUAGCCCCGCAAAGGCUUACGAUUUUCUGCUUAAGUUUCUGCUGGUUGGAGACAGUGAUGUUGGGAAGGGAGAGAUCUUGGCGAGUCUUCAGGAUGGAGCCAGCGAAUCACCAUACGGAUACAAUAUGGGAAUCGAUUACAAGACAACCACUAUCCUGCUUGAUGGACGGAGGGUUAAACUGCAGCUCUGGGACACAUCUGGCCAGGGCAGAUUCUGCACCAUAUUCCGAUCCUACUCCAGAGGAGCGCAGGGCGUGAUCCUGGUGUAUGACAUCACCAACCGUUGGUCCUUUGAUGGCAUUGACAGAUGGAUCAAAGAGAUUGAUGAGCAUGCCCCAGGUGUGCCCAAGAUCCUGGUUGGGAACCGCCUGCACCUGGCCUACAAGCGUCAAGUAAGCACAGAGCAGGCACAGGUGUAUGCAGAGCGUCUGGGCGUCACCUUCUUCGAAGUCAGCCCUCUCUGCAACUUCAACAUCACAGAGUCCUUCACCGAGCUGGCCCGCAUUGUGCUCCUCCGCCAUGGUAUGGAGCGUCUCUGGAGGCCCAACAAAGUGUUGAGUCUGCAGGACCUGUGCUGCCGCUCCAUCGUAUCCUGCACGCCGGUUCACUUGGUGGAUAAACUCCCCCUUCCCGUUGCCUUAAAGAGCCACCUGAAGUCCUUCUCAAUGGCCAACGGCCUGAAUGCCAGGAUGAUGCACGGACGCUCCUAUUCUGUCACUGCCAACAGCGCCAACAAGAGGAACAGCCUGAAGAAGUCAAAGCUAAUCCGUCCCCCCCAGAGCCCCUCCCAGAGCUGUUCCAGGAACAGCUGCAAGAUCUCUUAGGGCUGAGGGGAUGCUGCCAUUGCCCGCUCUGUGUGUUCUCUGGGUGACGUCCCGCUGGAGGCCUGUGCAGUGGACACAGGGAGAACCAGAGAACCGUCUCUGAGACUCAGCUAGCAGGUGAUGACCGGGAGUCAUCUUCCUCCCGAAGCUGCUGCUAGGUCUGUAUCGUCGAAGAGGUCCGCUUGGGAUUCAGCUGGUUGACAGUGUCUUGACCGCAGUCUGUAUUUGGAGAUGGAUUGGAAUAACAAGGGUGUUUUGCUUCAAAAUCUGGUCUGAGCCAUUGUUGCUGUUUCAUGUUCGGUAUAAAAGGUUUAAAAAUAUAUAAAUAUAUUAUAAAUGUGUGACUUUUUUGGCCAGGGUUCAAAGGUUUGCAAGCCAGAGAAGGGAAUGGGUAUAAUAUGUCAUCAUUCCGCAUAUCAAUGCAGAUGUUGUUUGAUACCAUUAAAGCUAGACCCUGUGUGUGAGUAAUAUCCCAGAUAAGAUCUGGUAUGUCAGCGUGGGAAAUCAUGAAAGAAUGAAUGAAAGAGACAAAAUCUAUACUGAAGUGUAAUUGCAGAAAAAAAUGCAGCUCUUUUAACAUGUAUUUGAUAUGUACAAUGAUGUUUGAUACUGUUGUGUUUUACUGUUUGGUUUGUAUCAGUUUACUUACAUAAAAGUGUACAGUCAUGGGAACUGCAAUCCUUCCAACGGGAGGUUACCAAAGACAUUGAGGUGGGGAGACAUGGUGUCUGCACGGAAAAGUGUUUUGUAGUAAAGAAUGCUACGACUUUCCAAUAAACAUG